AUGCGCCGUGUAUCUUCCCCGAAUAUUACAAUACAAUCAGUUCGAUGGAUCUCCGGUGUCUCACCUCUCCUUUAUUUUCCACCGACGACAACGUCAACUACCAACAGAGAAGACCAAAUUAACAAAAACACCAAUAUCGCAAUUCAGAUGAUCAAGAGGUACAAGGGGGAAGUACCUCCCCAUUACACUCGAAAAUCUAGUGCCACCAUAGAGCAGGUGGAGAAAGAAAUCGAUGCUCUACUUGGUGGUGCAGAAAAACUCCGGAAAACUUCAACAGAUGAUCAACCUAUGGAUAAGCUAACGCUUAUGGAACGCUGUCUGCGACACGCGCUCUGGUCUUAUCACAAGGAGGAAGGGAGAUAUGACUUUGAUCAGAUAGGGAGGUGGGUCGUGUACACGCCUGAGGAUGAAGUGAAGUUGGCACAGUUGAAGCGCGAAGUGGAAGCGAAGGAAAAACUGGCGGCUUUGCGGAAACGUCGUGAAGAGGAGGGACUUCCGGGAGGCCCCGUCCCCAGGAUCAAUUGGCCUCAGGAAUACAGCUCCUUCAUUGAUCGCGAACCUGUUGUUGCGAAACGCAUUCGCUACGACACUCUCGCAUCCACAACGUUGGAGCGCGAUGAGAAGCAGAUCGAAUCCACGUUGCAACAGUACAGGAGGGCCUCCCAGGAUAAACGAUUGGAUGACCUGGUUGAUCUCCUUGAGCGCUUUAAGCCGGUACUUGCCCGAGAGGCUAUCAUGCAGCGCUUGACAAUUAAACACCUAGAGGGUCAACUUGGCGUGUGGCGUUACAUGGACUGGUGCCCAGAAGUGCGUGAUCGGGCCGAACUCGAGGUGGAUAUAACUGGAUGGCAGUGGUGGUCACCUCUUGAGGAGCGGCGGCUGCUUCCAGUGCGUUUGCGCUCCGUGAAUGAAGUCCGUGAAAUUAUGUCCAAAACACAGGCAAAGAAGUCAGCUGAAGCUGCUGAGAGGAAUCCAAUUGUGACUCAAACAAGCACGGGUGACAACGCUCGCGACCGUUUACUAAAGGAGGUUCUUGCCCUCCAGGCUCGCAUUAAUCAGCGCGAUGAGGUUGAGCCUUCACAAACCGAACAAAAGAAAAAGGCCCAUCACUAA